AUGUCUCUCGUCUCUGGUCCGGGCCGCGGCGGUAUCACCGAAGGACAGCUGCCCAGCGAGCUCCGUCUCUACGUCGACAAGCACGUUACCUACAUCCAGAGCCUUGACAAACGCAAGGAUGAGCUCGAGUACUGGCUCACGGAGCACCUGCGCCUGAGCGGGCUCUAUUGGGGCCUCACAGCCCUUCAUCUCCUCGGACAACCCGACGCGCUGCCCAGGAGCGAGGUUCUGGACUUUGUAAUUUCUUGUCUGCAGGAUGACGGUGGCUUCGCUGCCGCCCCGCAACACGAUUCCCACAUGCUCUACACCGUCAGCGGCGUGCAAAUUCUGGCCAUGCUCGAUGCGCUGGAUGAGUUUGACGAGCGCGUGAGUGGGGGCAGAGAGAAAGUAGCCCGAUUUAUCGCCAACCUGCAGCAUCCGAAGACUGGUACCUUCGCAGGCGAUAUAUGGGGCGAGACAGACACCCGCUUCCUGUACGGUGCUCUAAACGCUCUGUCCCUUCUCGGAAUGACCAACCUUGUGGACGUCGACAAAGCAGUGGAGCACGUUCAAGCUUGCGCAAACUCUGACGGAGGUUACGGCACCAGCCCGGGCGCGGAGUCGCAUGCAGGACAAGUUUUCACGUGUGUUGGGGCGCUGGCCAUCGCAGGCCGGCUUGAUCUGGUAGACAGAGACAAGCUUGGCGGAUGGCUGAGCGAGCGACAGCUGUCAAACGGCGGCCUCAACGGUAGACCGGAGAAGUUGGAAGAUGUGUGCUAUAGUUGGUGGGUGGUGAGCAGUCUGGCGAUGAUAGACCGGCUGCAUUGGAUAUCUGGCAGCAAGCUUCAGGAGUUUAUCCUCAAGUGCCAGGAUCCAGACCAUGGCGGUAUCUCUGACAGGCCAGGGGAUAUGGUGGAUGUCUUCCACACGGUCUUUGGUAUCGCAGGACUCAGCCUGACAAAGUACCCGGGACUCGUCGAGGUCGACCCCAUAUAG